GCUCAGCAAUUAUCCCCCUCUCCCCAACGACACCGAGGCGGCCAGACUGGUUGGUCGACCCGACCACUGGGUGACGCCUGUGGAUGAAACACGGAAGAGUUCAUUCAAGGAAUUAAUAUACUGUGGAGAAGCAGGCAGGAUAGAAACAGACGGAGCGCGUCGGGAUCCUUUCUAUUACGACAAAACUUCCUAAAGGAAAUGAUCCCAUGAAAACGAAACAAAUGUGUCUCCAUAUGCGCCUUAGUUGCGUUACUGUGGAUAAAAGCUGAGAUGUCUGUAAAGAAGAAAGUUAAUGGAUUCUUUGUCGUUUGGUCUAUACUUUCCGCGGUCGGUGAAAAACUCGAUGACGGUUGUGGCCACUCAGUGCUGGGCCCAGAGAGCGGUGUCCUCUCCUCUAAGAGCUACCCGGGCACCUACCCCAACAAUACCUGGUGUGAGUGGAAGAUCCAGGUGCCAGAGGGCAAUAGCCUAGUCAUCAGGUUCGGUGACCUCGACGUGGAGGCACGGGACUGCCAGUCGGACUACGUCAAGGUCCUCAAGGGGGGCUACGGGGGAGAACAUGUGUAUGGGACAUUCUGUGGCAGCCUGAAGUCCUACCCCAGAGAGAUGCACACAGACACCAAUGAGGUCAUCGUACAGUUCCGCAGCGGUCGUCACAUCUCAGGCCGAGGGUUUCUUCUCUCCUACUCCACCGGGGACAACAGAGAUCUGCUGACAUGUUUAGACAAAGGCAGCCACUUCUCCGACUUAAAGUACAGGAAGUACUGUCCGGCAGGAUGCAAAGCAGUGGCGGGCGACAUAUCCGGGGAUAUUUCCCAGGGUUACAGAUAUACGUCUGUGCUGUGUAAGGCUGCGGUCCAUGCCGGGGUUAUCCUGGAUGAGUUAGGAGGCUGGGUAUCCGUGGAGACCCAAAAAGGCCUGAGUCACUACCCCGCCACCAGAGCCAAUGGGAUCCAGUCCAAAGACGGUUCUUUGUCCGAUGCUCUCUUCACGUUCGUCACUAAUGACUGUAAGAACCAGUCAGUGCUGCGGACAGUGUCUGUGAAUGCCAGUUCAUGGUGGAAGAGGGCAGGGGAGAUGGGUCAUCAGUCUGACUGGGCGCCCAACAGCUCCCAGGCUGACCCAGGAUCAGGGAGCCGCUCCUGGGCUGCAGACCAGAACGACAGCCUGCAGUGGCUCCUGCUGGACCUGGGGGAGAAGAAGAGGAUCACAGGAAUUAUCACGACUGGCUCCACAAUGUUGGACUAUGACUACUAUGUGAUGAGCUUCGUGAUCGAUCACAAGGAGAGUCGUCGGUGGAGGACCUACACACAGAACAAUAGAACACAGUACAUGGUAUUUGAGGGGAACCAGGACAGUCUGCAUCAGACCAGGAACACAUUCCACCCUCCAAUCAUAGCCCGCUAUUUGCGCAUCAUACCUCACACCUGGCACCAGAGGAUUGCCAUGACUGUAGAGCUGCUGGGCUGCAACUAUGUCAGAGUGAACAUGUCAUCCCAGGUCACCCUGGAGACGGUACCCACCAAACCCAAGCCUCCGUUGGGGGACGAGGAGAUCACUGAGCCGUUGCCCUCCCAGGCAGACCUAGUAAAGCUGGCCAUCAUCAUCGUACCCACAGUCUUAUCUGUGGUGCUCAUUGGGAUUUGUCUAUUCAAGAUGCUGCAGAAGAAGAAGACAAAAGAGAACUCGUACGGAUCUUCAGAUGCCCAGAAACCAGAGUCCUGUCAUUAUGUCUGUCUGUGGAGUUGUCUUUUUACUGCCUGCCGGCCCUCAGGUUGCUGGAAGCAGAUCAAGCAGCCGUUUGCCAGGCACCAGUCCACAGAGUUCACCAUCAGCUACAGUUCAGAGAAAGACCCAAUACAGAAACUAGACCUGGUCACCAGCACCAUGGCAGAGUACCAGCAGCCUCUGAUGAUUGGGGUUGGCACAGUGGCCAGGAAGGGCUCUACGUUCCGGCCUAUGGACACAGAGACCAAAGAGGAUCCUAGCAACCCCUCCACCCACUACGACUACCUGCACACAGCCAACCAGUAUGCCCUGCCUCUCACCAACCAGGAGCCAGAGUACGCCACGCCCAUCAUCGAGCAUCACACCUUCCACAAGGACGGGUUCCUGCCCGACCCGGCUAGUUACAGCGUCCCAGGUGUGGUCCUCAGCAAGACCCCAUCCUUUAAAACCCUGGACAGGAAGGCAGGGGUGGGCUCCUCCGGGGGCUACCAGAUGCCCCAGCUCAAAAUAGACCGGGGACACAGUAACUCUGAGGGGGUCUACGACAGCCCCAAGGUGAACAAGCCUGUGGGCCAGAGCAGUGGCCUCUCAGACUACCAGAGGCCCCAGGCCAAGCCGGCCGUGCUGGAAACCUACUCCACCCCCAGGGACUGUGUGAGGGUGGCUCCCACCAUGGCCCACAGGCCGGACCAUAGACCAGACCCUGAGGGCAGUUCUGGAGGAACCUGAAGAUGGAACAUGUCUGGGACUACAGGACUAAACUGUGAUUUUGAUCAGUUCAUGGCCAUUUUGGACUGAGCUUACUGUAGCAAACACAAGCGCUAAAUUAUUUCUCAACUGACUUUCAGGAAUGUGGGAGACGACAGUGCUUGUAUCUGGGGCUGUGCUGGCAGACAUUUUGUGAAUAAGAAAAUACAGAUGGUUACUUCAACUGUCCUAUUUCUUUUAAGGGUUGGGGUGAUUUUAUUAAAAAGCAAAUGGUGAUGGAGACAGGAAAUAUCCUGAAAAUGGGAAAAUACCUCUCCUCAUUCUCAACUGUGACUGAUGCUUGUGACUGUAACAUACAUUAAGAAAUAAUGUGACUUCGUUCCUUAACUGUACAGUAUAUUUUGAGGUCACUUAAAAGCUUUCAGAAUCUCUCGGUCUGAGGUUAAGCUGCUUUCAGCAGGGAAGCAUAGAGGAAGCAGAGUGCUUUAUUAAAUAAAGCAGCACCCCAGUUAAAAGUGGUAGAUUUGUCCACAGCGGGUCCUACUAUAGGAUGUUUAACAAAGUCAGUCCGUGCUCUUAACAAAGAAUUGUAAGUACACACUGUGAAUGAAGUGACUGAAAGGACUGGUGUCACCGCAUGGGGUCCCCCACAAUGGGGGCUUUGUCACCAUGUUGCAGGGGGCUCUGAAGCCGACGGCUGCAUCGCUGCUCUGUGUCAGUCUGGAGGCAGAUCUGGUCAGUGGGAUCAGCGAGCCAAUGAAAAGGCAACAGGAGAGUGUUUACAGUUAGUCUGGCGUAUUGAGAAACGCCCGGCAGGGGAUUUAGGGGAGUAAACUGGACUGUAACACAUCAGAGCGGUGUUUUUCAGAUGCUCUGUUUAGCUGGACAAGGUGAACUACUAUACAGGCCAGUUCCAUUUAAAUGGAUGUUGAAUGGUACCGAUACUACAGUCUAGUCGAUUGUGUAUAGGUGUGUACAUACAAGGGCAUAGUUUGAAAAUGUAUAUUGCCAAGAGGAAAGAAAAAAUAAAUGGAAUAAAUGCUGUCGACUGUAUUUAAAGCACCUGUGCGUGUGGUGUUGCUGCUGUGUACUGAAGACAGAACUUGGGAUCGAGUUAAGAACUCUUUCAUUUCUGUGAAAUAUUUUAGGGAGAUCUUUUCAGCUGGGUUGUAUGUACAUGUACUGUGAGGUUAUUCUCUACAGACUCUCUCUGUGAUGUCACUCUCAAAACGUUCUGUGUGUCUACUGCAUGUUGGCUGUAAGCUGAGCCCUGAAUAAAAACACCAGCAGUUGA